CUGGCAUGCGUACGAACCCCAAGAUGCCCUCACUCGGCGUGAAUGCAGAUGAUAUCGAGAUGAUAACAUCUAUAUAUAGGUAUAUAAAGUCUAGAACCUCAUACAUGACUGCACUCCCCUCGAUCCUAUCUAUUCUCAGCACGCUCACUCUAAUCAUUAGUCUUCUACAAAGUAGAGACAGCAGGUCCAGAUGUCCGAGUGAAAAAAGCCGUCUCAAGAACUUAUUCCAUAUUCAUCUUUGGCCUUUCUUGAUGAUCUUAGGGGGCUCUUUUCUCGUGGUCGAAAACCGUAUCGGUGAGGUAUAUAUAGAGUCUGGGUUCUAUAGUGAGAGAGGUUCGGUAACGCCGGUACUCCUCUGCGCGUGGUCCGGCAUGCGAUUCAGGGUGAGACAGGGCGGUACUGUGCUGCACCUCGGGGGGUUUUAUCAAAAUCGAUAGUUGGGGUUGUACGGCAUUGUAGCGAGGGGAGGGCCUAGAAGGACGGGAGGGAAGGGGAGGUGAGGCUUAAACCUUUUGAGUUUUGGGGUUUGUGUAAUAGGGGUAUGGAGGGUAGGUGGUUAUGCUGUUCCUAUUGUUGGUGUAAGCUUUGUAGAGUGGUUGGGUUUAUUGAGCAGUUCUGGUUGAGAAUCGGCCCAGCUGAAUCUGAAAAUUGUGGCUGGCGGAAGAGAAGGGAAAAUGAGUUUGACAUUCAAUUAAAAA